AUGCGAUCUUAUUCCGGCUGCUUGACUUGCAAGCGACGGAAGUUGAAAUUCGACGAGUCUAAACCAGACCAAGAGGUUGGUCCCUCCGCUCAAAAGCGCAAGUACAGGAGCAGCAAGAGGCAAAGGCGGCAUUCUGAACCCAGAGAUAACACCACCUGGGUAGAAGUUCCAAGUGACCUCACGUUUGUUCACGAAGAUCUGACAAAUACGGAAUCGCCAAGACUUUUACCAAGUGAACAGGCGAUCUCCAAUGGAGAAUCGAGUAGUUUACAUAAUAGCCCGGCGACUGCUGCUGGAACCGACGUGCUCAGAGACAAUGCGACGCCCGCGAGACUACCUCAUGCUUCAUUCGAAAUACAUCCUGCCUAUAUCGCACUGAACGACUCAGCGGCGGAAGAAGGUUCCAUCUUCUGCCCUCGCCCCCAGGGCGAUAUUCUUGGAUCCGAGAAAGUUGUUGCAUCUCAUCUCUUGCGGCAUUUCAAAACAGGACCUGGCCAAUGGAUGGAUCUUUUUGACACCACGGCAUACUUCUCCUCAAAGGUACCCGUUUUCGCAACGUCAAAGCCACUUUUGAGGUCUGCCAUUUGUGCCCUGUCUGCUAAGCACCUGCGGCAUCUUUCUCAACACGCAAACAUUGACGAUGAUGAAAAUUUUCGAACUCCCACAAGUCGUACAUCUGCACAUGUCUGGGGCAAUGAAGAAACGUGGAAGUAUUAUUCAGCGAUGUAUUAUGACCAAGCUCUCAAUUCCCUGAAAAAUAUUGUGACCUUGGGAUCAUACUUGGAUAAUCCCACCGACAAGGAAGAGAUGCUCGCAGCUGUCGCGAUUCUUUGCACUUUUGAAUUAAUGGGCGCACCCGACAAUCAGCACCCUGCCAUUGUUAUACCGCAGACAGCUGUCAAGGGACCGAUCUUCUGGAGCCUUGCAAGGCAGGAUCUGUUAUGCGCAUUCAUAAGCGAAUCUCAGACUCGCUUGAACCUAACAGAUAUGCAUCUUUGGCAGAAUGCGGGCCUUGCUACCGACUGCAAUGGUGAUAUUUUACCUUAUAGUCCAUUGAAUGUCCUAGAAAGUCAAAAUCUAUCGGGAUUGGGAUUUGAAGAGGAUAAGAAAAGCAAUGAACUUACAUGGAUCCUCGGCAAAAUUACAAAUCAUCUGACUGCGGGGGAUGCUUUAUCUGCUGAGGACAAUAAACUGCCACCAGACCAACGUCUAACUAUUGGACUGACACAGCAACAUUUAUUGCAAAGAUGGAAUCUUCUAAUGGCGGACCUUGAAAAGUGGCAUGACUCGCUUCCCCCAUCUUUCUUCCCGAGCGGUCGAACACAAAAGCUUGGCCCUAUUAUUCCUGGACUCGAGUUGACGCAGAGUUUCAAUACCUUCGAGCAGAUCUGGUUUGACUUGCCACUUGCUGCGGCGACGAUACAGAGCUAUCAUCAAGCGAAAAUAUUGCUACUGGCGAAUGAACCGCAAGAGUCAACAGCUCUUAGAUCAACAGUGUCAGCACGACUGAGAUCAUAUCGACAUGCCUUGGAAAAGGUAAUCCAUCAUGCACGCGAGAUAUGCGGCAUAAGUCUGGCGAAUUCAACGACAGAUUCAUUUCGGGUCAAUUCUGUUCAAGCACUCUUUGUUGCCGGCCAGGUUUUCCAGGACGAAGGCGAACAGAAUGCUAUCAUGGAAUUACUAUUUGAAAUUGAACGAGAUAUUGGCUGGACAACUAAGUUUCAUAUUGCCAAGCUCAAAGAUGAAUGGGAAAAAGGGAAACAAGGCAAUCACGUGGAGCGGGAUGAGCAUGGCUCCAGUCCUCACUGGUCGGUCUACUAG